UUGUCGAGAGGUACAAUCCAAAAAUGGCGUCGAAGAGGAAGCAAGAUGAUAAGCAUCUGAAGAUGUUGCGAGAGAUGGUGGCCAGAGAACAUAAUAAGAAAUGUUUCGAUUGCCACCAAAGGGGUCCUACAUAUGUCAACAUGACGAUAGGUUCAUUUGUGUGUACAUCGUGCAGCGGAAUCCUGCGUGGUUUAAAUCCUCCAAAUCGAGUGAAAUCCAUUUCCAUGGCCAGCUACACACCACAAGAAAUAGAGUUCCUUGAACAGAAAGGAAAUGAGUAUUGUCGUCGAGUGUGGUUAGGUUUAUAUGAUGCCCGCUCACAAGCAGAGCCUGAAUCAAAAGAUGAACACAAAGUACGAGACUUCAUGCAACAAAAAUAUGAAAAGAAGAGAUGGUAUGUGAGUCCAGCUGAAGCUGAACGGUUGGCCAGUGUCAAACAACAGACACCACCGCUGCAAACAAAAGCUGGAACUGCAACGGGCGUCAAGCCACUAAAAAAUUUAUUAGGAAAAGAUGCACCACCAUUAGUAGUACAAAACAGUUUUCAGGCUUCCCCUGUGCAGUUACCUCCACAAACACAACAACCAGUUCAGAAAAAGACACCAUCAAUGGACCUGUUAGGAGAUCUUGGAGGUGAUCCUUUCAGUGCAGCACCGCCACAACAACAGCAACAGCAGCCACCGCCUACAGGGAGUCAAGGAGGAGGUGGAUUUGCAGAUUUUGGUUCAGCAUUUGGUCAGACAUCCAAUGCAUCAUCCUUUGGACAGCAGGCUCCAGCCCCAGCAUUUAGUCAGCCAACAACAACACCAGGCUUUAAUCAAUCAGUGUCUCCUCAAUCCACCGCCAACCCUUUUGGUGAAGUAACAGGACCACAAAUGGUCUUACUGACAAGCCACACUGUUACCACCUCAUCGGCCAAUCAACCCAUCCCUGCUGUGUCCCCACCACCAUCUGGAAGCACUGUUGCUGACCCAUUUGGUGGGAGAACAGUCCCAACAUCAGUGGCCCAACCCACAGUACCAGCUGUGGCCCCACCACCAGCUCCAGCUAGUAGUCUUCUUCAACCAAACCAACCUGGCCAACCGCAUCCUAGUUCUUCUAUCUCUAAUCAAAAUGACUUUGGUAACUUUAGUUCAGCACCCAUCUUUACAACAACUCCUGCUCAAUUGGCCCAAGAGAAAAGUGCGGCUGAUCGGUAUGCAGCUCUCUCACAGUUGGAUACGUUAUUUCACGACACAGGCAGUAAUAUAGAUUGGAAAGGAGGUGUGUCAGUGUUUAGUGCCCCCCAAUCCUCGGUAACACAGUCCAGUAGUUUAACUGCCUUGAGUUCAUCACCAUCAUCGUCAACAGGCUUUGGUAUGUCAACUAGUAGUACAUUUGGAGGAUCAACAAAUCCUUUCAGCCAAGGAGGUAGCACAGCAACAGGGUAUGGUGGACAAGCUGCAUAUGGACAAUAUGUUACAGCUGGAUUUGGACAGCAACAGCAGGCCCCGGCAGGUUUUGGACAGCAACAGCAGGCCCCUGCAGGUUUUGGACAGCAACAGCAGGCCCCGGCAGGUUUUGGACAGCAACAGCAGGCCCCGGCAGGUUUUGGACAAACUAGUACUGCCGGCUUUGGCCAACAAAGCACAACUGGCUUUGGACUAAGUAUUGCUGCUAAUCCAUUUAUGACGCAGGCCCCUUCUAGUGUAUAUAGCCAAGCACAAGCAAAUGGAUCAUUUGGAGCAUCUGCCAACAUGGCAUAUGCAUCUCAACAAACAGGGGGAUUUGGACAGAUGGGCGGUGUCCCUGGCGGCAUGGCUGCACAGCCUGCUGGUUUUGGUACAAUGGGAGGUUUUACCCCGCAGCAAGAUCUCAGCUUUGGCGGUGCCGCUAUGACGGCAAUGGCUGGGAACCAGUUCAAGAUGGCUCAACAACAGCAGCAGCAGCAGCAACAACAGCCACAACAAUUUGGUGGAUGGAAUCAGCAACAAAUGCAACAACAACAGCAACAAAUGAAUAUGGCAGCUAAUCCAUUCAUGAGUGCUGGUCAAUUCCCGAAUGCUGCUCGACCUGCAAACACAAGCAAUCCCUUCCUGUGACAUUAGUGAUGUGUCACAUUUAUGUUACUAGACUUUCUAAGACAAAACAGGACUAUGUCUUUCACCUGAGCCAUACUGCAAAUGCCUCUUAAUGACAGUGAUGUUGUGUAUAUUGCUUCUAUCUGUCUGUGCAGUAAGUUACAUGUAUAUGAAUGCAGCUGUCAAAUAGCAUGUCGAUUUUAUUUGCUGCCAGUCUACAAAAAAAUAAUCCCUGAAUAAUUUGAAAAAAAAAUAUUAGUAUAAAGCUGACUUUGAAUGGAUAUGUCCCUAGCAGAAACUUGGUUCAAUUAAUCUCUGUGGCAAGGGGAUUGUACUUAAUUAUUAAAGUCGCUUUCUAGGUUUCCCUUUUCUUGCUAAAUUGUUCACAUGAAUCAUCAAAUCAACCUUAGCAAUUUUUAAAAACAAUGAUAACUUACAUUUUCUGAAGAAAAAAAGAACAAAAAUUGUCUUCAUAACUAAUGGGUGAAUAGGGUUGCCACACAGAAAAGGGGGAUAGACUUUUAUUAUUAUAUACAAUUAUUUAUUAUUUAAUGCCAGCAUGCAUACUUUGUUUUAUCACAUUUCAAAUAUUCUACCCCUUGUUUGUUUCUAUCUUCCAAUGAUCUGGUGUCCAUAGAAAUGAUCAAAAUGGGAUUCAGUGUGUCAUUUUGAGUCAUGUAUAUCAGAUGUACUGAUUUACAAUAUUUAUUCCAUUUGAGCCAUCACAAAAUAUGAUAAAAUAUUCUGAAAGCCACAGUACAUGCAACCUCCAUGUUUUUUCAUGCAUUCAAGUAUUGAUUAACCCUUUGAUCGCCUAAGCAACAGUUGGCACCAUGCACAAAAUACCUAGUACCAUUUAUAGUCUGCACUUUUCCAUAUGAAAUGUUGCGAAAAUUACCAAAUUUUUUAUCAAAACCUAAAAACAAUGUCACAUUUUUAACUGUUUAAUCCAAAAUUAAAAUUUAAUUCAGUGACAAUUACUAAAAAUUUAAACAAAUUUACAUAAAUUUAAGCAGGAAAAAAAUGUGGCGGUGAAAGGGUUAAUGUUUUACUAAUAGCUUUCCAACAAACUUUUUUAGAAAUUUGUAAAAGUUACAGCUGAUGCUAAAUUGUGACUGUAACAUUUACUUGUACAUGUAAGACGUUCCCAUAAUUGAUUAGACAUUUUCAAAGGACGAUUCUGAUUUUGGUUUCUAUCUGUAAAUACCUUGUACGUACCUAUAUCUUUUGAGGAAAUUAAGAUCUUGAAUUUGGGUGAUGUCGUCUUGACUAUUCUUGUAUUUUGUGUAGAUGUUUUUUUUUAUGAACAACAUACAUUUAGCAUAUUGUAAUCUCUUUUCAUAAUGAUUGAAGUCAGUCACGAAAACCCAGUGUUUCGCAAUACAUGCAUCUGUAUUUAGUAAUUUAAUUUGGCAUGAAACUCAUUGUACCUUGUAAAUAGUUAUUCUUAUAAAGUAUUUUAGGUGACCA